AGUGCCCAUGCCCUCAAAAUGCUUUUUUUCAGGGAAUUUUCAAGAAACCUUCCCUCUUUCCUCCUCAGCACCGUCUGAAAGUGAACCCUGAUGUUUCUCCUUCUCCCCUUCCCAUGCAAUGAUGCUUUUCUCCUGCUACUCCUCUCACCCUGCAGACUCUUGGUUGCCCAGUUCUGCUUGCACUUCAUGUUGCCUCUCAAAGUCUCUGCACAUUCUCUGUCUUCUUCAGACCACCAGGAAGGAAACUUGCCAGUUCUCCAAAACACCAGCUGCAAAUUGCCCAUGGAGAGAGGAUGGAUAACUCCAGCCACCAGCUGCUGCAGAGCUCUCUGAGCAGAUCCCUGUGCCCCGCUGGAGCUCGGGGAAGUUGUGAGACUUCCCCACCACCAAAUGAUGUGGCUGGUGCUGCAGGGACAGCAGGGAACCAGCAACACCCAGGAGCAACAUCAACUAGUUGUACCACAGGUCAUUAAGCUGAGCUGCCUGGAACUGCCCCGUGCUCUGGGCACCAGCCUGACUUCAGGAGGGACAGGUCUGUGGAUGUGCUGCUCUCUCUGCUCGGGCUGGGGUGCAGGGACAAGGCUCAGUGCUGUGCCUGCUGCUGCUCUCAGCCCAGAACGGACUUGCUGAACCAUCCUACCCCUCUACAGAGCGAUUACAAUGACCCAGCUGCAGUUUAAAGAUGCUUUUUGGUGCAAGGAAUUCACCUUCCACACUGGCUACGAGGUGCUCGUACAGCGCCUGCUGGAGGGGAAGAAGAUGUGCAAAGAUGUGGAGGAUUUGCUCAAGCAGAGAGCACAAGCAGAAGAGAGAUAUGGGAAAGAGCUGAUUCAAAUCGCCCGAAAAGCAGGGGGACAAACAGAAAUCAACACACUGAAGGCAGCAUUCGAGAUGCUCAAGCAACAAAUUGAAAGUGUUGGAAACUCUCAUAUCCAACUGGCAGUAAUGCUGAAGGAUGAACUGAAAGGAAUAGAGGAAUUCCGAGAAAGACAGAAGGAGCAAAGAAAAAAGUACGAGUCUGCGAUGGAGCGCGUGCAAAAGAGCAAACUGUCCCACUAUAAGAAAACAAUGGAGUCCAAGAAGACCUACGAGCAGAAGUGCCGGGAGGCGGACGAGGCGGAGCAGUCCUUUGAACGGACCAGCGCUUCAGGCAACCAAAAGCAAACAGAAAAGAGUCAGAACAAAGCCAAGCAAUGCAGAGAUGCAGCAAAUGAAGCAGAGAACGUGUACAAACAGAACAUCGAGCAGCUGGAUAAGGUCAGGACAGAGUGGGAACAGGAACAUAUCAAAACCUGCGAGGUGUUCCAGCUCCAGGAGUGCGACCGCAUCACCAUCCUGCGGAACUCGCUGUGGGUGCACUGCAACCAGCUCUCCCUGCAGUGCGUGAAGGAUGAUGAGCAGUAUGAAGAGGUUCGGGUCAGCCUGGAGAACUGCGUUGUAGAGUCAGACAUAGACUACUUCAUUAAGACAAAAAUGACAGGAACACAACCUCCAGAUGCCAUAGGGUAUGAGAACUACUACAGCAGAGAGCCCAACAGACGCAACAGCAGCCCAACCCAGUCCUGUGGGAUGAUGAAGAGAUUCUCUGGACUACUGCAUGGGAGCAGCAAAAACCACACGGAAAUUGCCACUCCUUCAGCCCCUCCUCUUGCAGAGAGAACAGAUGGAGUCUAUGCAUCCAUUUUUGUAAAUGAAGAAGCUGGGAUCACAUCAUCACAGGACUACAGAGUACUUUAUGACUACACAGCCCAGAGCAUGGAUGAACUGGACAUCAGUGAAGGAGACAUCGUAGUUGUCAUUGAAGAAAACGAGGAUGGCUGGUGGACAGCGGAAAGGAAUGGGCAGCGAGGCUUCGUGCCAGGGUCUUAUCUUGAAAAGCUUUGAUGAAAAGAAGCUCCAGCCCUCAGACUUUAAAAAUAUUCUAUUACUGAAAACAACCUGCACACGAGGUCUGCUUCAGGGAUGACCAAGGGCAUCCCAUAAUACUGUUUUUUGCAACUACCAGUCAGGAAAUAACCAACUGACCGUGCUCUCCUCUUCCUUGCUCCUACCCAGUUCCAGCAUCUCCUGGCCUAUGCUGUCUGCAAAAUCCAUCUUCAGCCCUGAGAGAUCAGGACUUGCUUUUCUUAGCCCUGUUCUCCCACCCUCAGCACACUGUCCUGCCAGCAGUGUCAUAAAGCUCAGCAAACCUGGGAGGGAAAUCCUGCUCAGACCUUCACUGCACUAAAGGAAGAAGGUCAUGGAACAAGUGCAGUUUCUGCAGGAUGGAGGACUGUCUCCAGCCAGCCCGUGAGCCACCCUCGUGGUCACAGUAGCCACGGAUCCCCUUCUCUCCCUGCACAGGUCAUGCUGGUAUUUUUGACAGUGGACUGACUUCUUCAUCAGGGUCACUGAUGAACAGAAGAAAAUCAGUGAAUGUGAAUGCAGCUAGAGAGGGACACCUGAAGGACAGAGACACAUCUGUAGUAAGGAAAGUUCAGGCACUCCCCACCACAACCAUCUCCUAAUACAAUGAAAUCCACACUACCCAUGGCUCUGCUUUGCACUGGAUUCUGGACAGAUGAUAAACCCAAGGCCUUGGCUGAAAGUUUCCCUAACACCUCUCUGGGAUUUUCAAGUUUAAAAACCCAACACCACAAACAACAGAUAAGCCAAGCCUCCAGCAGUGCUGCCCUGCUCUGAUUCCCCUCUGAGCACCAGGGGAUUGCCAGUCACACAAUCUGCAGCCCAGUGUCACCAGGGCAUCCUCCCUUCCACCUGGCUCAGCCUCUCCUCUCCUGCUCACAGGCUUCUUUGUCUCCUACUGCUGUCUAAAGCCUCUGCACCUCUGGGAUUGCUGGCACAGUCACAUCCUGGCUCCUUUCCAGGCACUUUGUUCUUCAACAAUCCCUCUUCCCAGAAGUUGCACUGUGCAGGUUCACUGUAUUUCACAGAUUUCAGCUCUAUCAGUCUUUCUAGUUCAGUAUUUAAGGAUGUCACUGUGCUUACCAAGGGAUUGAUGGAUGGUUUCUGCCACUCUUCCCUUUUCAAAAAAAAAGAAAUAAAAGUCGGUGAUUGAAUCAGAGUGAACUGUUUCUGGGGGCAGAAUGACCCUCUUUGCCAAGGUUUCAGGUCUUAAAACUGAACAAAGACAAUGAAAAUUAAUCAAAUUGCUACCCAAAAGGCAUGGAGCAGGGAGGAACUGUUAGCUAAGACACAGCAGGAAAGACAAAGAGAAAUUUCAACAAAAGAAAAAAGCUGUAAUGGUCAAUGCAAUUUUUCCUUAAAUGAAGCACAGUGAAGGUCAGAGGCACUUGCAGUACCUUAUUCUAAGUCUUCCUUCAAGAAUGGAAUAGCAAUUGCUGCAGGCCCUUCUUUAGCUCCCUACAGUCCUUUGCACUUGUCCUUCCCUCACUUCCCAAAGUUAUUAUGCAGCACAUCCACAUCAGUGCUGAAGGGCUCCCAGAACCUGGCAGUAGCUCAGGCUCACAGGCACAGGAGGAGCUGGAAUGGAAAUUCAGGCAGCAGUGUCAGAACAGCAGUGCUUGCCCAGGCUGAGGGGGUAAUGACAGGUUUGGCUGAAUUGAGCAGUGAUAGAAGGUGCACAGUAACCUUCAGCUUGGCCAGGGCACUGCCAGUGGGGGCUGCCAGAAAACUGCAGCAUCACUCCUUAGCUGCAGCAGGAGAGGAAACUUAA